AUGGCAAAAGUAUUAUCCUGUGGUAUUGGAUUUAUGCGAGGCAUUUUACUACUGUUGAAUAUAUUUUUUGUAUUUAUUGGUCUUGGUCUUAUUGGGCUUGGUGUUUAUGUCAAAGUUGACAAUAAACUUUCAGCAGUCUUAAGUAAAUUUACUGAGGUAAGCAGUUUCGAAGGACAAUCACUGGGAUUUCUAGCAUUCGUUCUAAUUGGUGGCGGUAUUUUUACACUUAUAAUAGCAGUAUCCGGCUAUUUCGGAUCUUUAUGGCACAAUCGAUGUUUAUUAUAUUUGUAUGCUACCAUUCUUGGUAUUCUGAUGAUUAUUGAAUUAGUUGGUUUUAUCUUAGCAUUUGCAUAUAAGAGCAAACUUGAAGAUGUAUACAGUAAAAGUUUAACAAAAGUCUUUACUAAUGCUCUAAUCGUCGACGAUACAAAAGUAUUGAAUGCUUUUCAUGAUAUGGAGAAGUCAUUGGCAUGUUGCGGUGUAAAUGGCAAAACGGAUUAUGAUAACAGUGGAAAACUUGCACCCGAUAGCUGUGUUAAAUAUCCAACAGGCUGCUCUACUAUUAUUAUUAACACUCUUGAAAAAAAUUUACCAAUCAUUGGAGGUAGUUUAGGUGCUGUUUUAUUCUUGGAACUAUUAGGUUUCAUUGGUGCAAUUGCAUUAGCUGUAGCGCUCAGACAUGCAUCUGACGGCACUUACUCAUCAAAUGCUAGAGAAGUUAUUUCUUAUGUUGUACCAGGUAGACGUCGUAAUUACAAUAAAGUUUCAUAA